AUGCCGCCAUCAACACCCCACCGCCUGCUCCGCUCCGCCAUCCGUCACCAUCCCCUCCCACUUCCAACCAGACGAAUACCACACGCCCGCACUUUCCACCAAACCUCGAGACACCGCAAAGAAUCCUUCGCCUCUCGAGCCUCAACAGCCUGGCGCAGUACCAACACCGUCUGGCGACCCAUCCCCAUUGCCUUAGGCAUAGCCCUCCUCGGCGCCUUCCAAUUCUACCGCAUCCAAAGUCGGGAAUCUCGAAAGCAACAAGAAGAGUGGCGGAAUCGCUCCGAGCACCCAGAGGAGUAUGAGACGAGUACUUUGCGCCCGAAAAGGAGGGAGAGGAUCGUGCCGAGUGGGCCAUGGACGGUCCAGAUCAUGUCUACCAUCCCACUCAAGGCAGUGUCGAGGUAUUGGGGAUGGUUCAAUAGUCUGGAUAUUCCUUACUACAUCCGCAUCCCCGGUUUCAAACUCUACGGAUGGGUGUUCGGCGUGAACUUUGAGGAAGUGGCGGAGCCGGAUUUGCAUACCUAUCGCAACCUGGCGCAGUUCUUUUACAGAGCUAUAAAACCUGGGGUGCGGCCGAUAGACCCUGAUCCGACUGCGCUUGUGUCGCCGGCAGAUGGGAGGGUGGUGCAAUUCGGGUAUAUUGAGCAUGGGGAGGUGGAGCAGGUGAAGGGUGUCACGUAUCAUCUAGAUGCUUUGCUGGGAAAGCAGUCGAGUUCUACGCCUAAAGGGAGGAAUAGUAAAGUCACGACCAAUGCAGCUUCCUCGCCUUCCAGUCCUCAGCCCUCUGCGAGUCGAGAACGCCACGGCGACGAAGAAGCUAUCCGAGCAGACGAACAGUUCGCCCAAGUCAACGGCAUCUCCUACACCCUCCCUAACCUCUUCUCCGGCUCCUCGAUUCAGCCUCCUGAGACACGCGAAGGCGGCGGUGGCAAAAAGAGGAAAUGGUAUCAGCGUGCCAAGCCUUCAGAUCAAAGUACAGGCAGUACCGCGACCUCCGAGGCAGCCGUACGAGCAGACUUAGCUCAAGCCCCUGACUACCAACGCUCCUCUAACUCUACCGAGACUCCAACAACGCUGUACUACUGCGUCGUCUACCUAGCACCCGGCGACUACCAUCGUUUCCACAGUCCCGUCUCCUGGGUCGUGCAGACGAGACGACAUUUUGCGGGAGAAUUAUACAGUGUGUCGCCUUACCUCGUGCGGACACUACCCGGCCUCUUCACCUUGAAUGAGCGAGUGGUGUUGCUAGGGAAGUGGAAAUACGGCUUCUUCUCUUACACGCCCGUAGGCGCUACGAACGUCGGCUCUAUCAUCGUGAACUUCGACCGCGAAUUACGAACAAACUCACUCCUUACCGAUACCCUCGCAGACCACGCAGCAGAACUCGCCAAAGAACGCGGAGAACCGUACUCGGGAUACUCAGAAGCAACAUACAAUUCUGCCUCGGCUGUCCUAGGAGGUCAUCCACUGAAGAAGGGAGAUGAGAUGGGUGGGUUCCAGUUGGGAAGUACGAUCGUGAUGGUUUUUGAGGCGCCGAAGGGACGAAGACCGAGUUUCGAUGAGGGAUGGGGCACGGGGAGAUUGGUAGGGCCGGAUGGGGAGGAGGCGAGGGGGAGGAAGGGUGGGUGGAAGUGGUGUAUUGAGAAGGGGAUGAAGGUGCAGGUUGGGCAGAAGUUGGGGUUUGUUGAGGAGGAGUGA